AUGGCGAACAAGAUCCUCCUGGUCUUUAUCGGCUUCGACCUUGCCUUCCUGGCAUGUGCCGCGUUGCACUUGUUCAUCCCGUUGUACACUCGGCAGGCCGUCAAGAACAAGAUGAAUGUGGACAGCAUCGCAACAAACUUGCUUCUGGACCACUGCCCUUUAACUGCCAGCGAAGCCAACUCAGUCAUCAUGUUUAUCACCUUCCUCAUCUCCAUCCCGGCCUUUUUUAACCGUCGGAACCGGGUUUGGCUCAAGGUCCACGUUGCUGGAGUCAUUGUCGCCGCGAUCUUCACCCUCAUCAUCGGCUUGGUUAUUUGGUUCUCCACGCUUGAAAUCCACAAGAACCUCACCCCGGUCUGGAUGAAUCAGAGCGCCGAUGUUCAGUCGAUGCUCCAGCAAAAAUUCCAGUGCUGCGGAUACACAAACCCUGCGCUCUUCGUCAAGGACGAUGUCUGUACCAGCGCCGCAACCGCCGCGAGCCUUGGUCCCUGCGUUAGCCCAUUCGGGGUCUUCGCCAGUCGAUUCCUCGACAUUGUCUUCACCACUUUCUUCGGUUUUGUGGCGGUCGACAUGAUGCUACUUCUUGCGGCUUUAUGUGUGAUCAAGGAUCGCAAGGAGAAGGAGCGAUACAGAAUGAUCGAUGAGAAGAGAGGAUAUGGGCCUAUCUAA